CAAGCUUUCGAGGCGUUCAGAUGCUUUCAAAGUUAAUUCCGCUUAUAUUUCUGCCGUCCGUUUUUGUUUGUGCCGCAGUUGAUUUGGAGUCUUGGGCAGAAGCAGCAGAGAAUAUCAGAAUCGAUGACAUUGCUCCUGAAAUAGCAAAGUCGAAAAACUAUCCAUUUAAUUUGGAGAUAAAACCAGUCAAUAAAAAGCAUGUGCAGAAAGAAUUGCGAAAGCGUAUACAGAAAAGCAUGCGAAAAACAAUGGAGAAGCUAGCUGAAGGUGGUAUUGACCACAUUACUGUUGAAGGCGCAAAAAUGAUUCGACAGAGGCCAGAUUUGAUGCGGGUCCAGCAGCAUUAAUGAAUAUAUCUUAUUCUCUUAUAAGUUGCCGGUGCACAGUAUAUAACCAAUUUUUCAUGCGC